AUGUUCUACCGACAGUGCUCACGACUAGUCUCCUCCCGGACUGCCGUCCCCUUGACCUCAUAUCUCUCCCGUGUUAGGCCGUAUUCCUCGGCAUCGGGAUAUGAGCACAUCCUCACGUCCAGUCCCAAGCCGGGUGUGGGGUUGAUCACAUUGAACCGCCCUAAAGCCCUUAAUGCGCUUUCCAGCCCUCUCUUCAAGGAGAUCAAUGAUGCUCUCUCCAAAUAUGACGAGGACAAGGAUAUCGGAGCCAUCGUUAUCACAGGGAGCGAGAAGGCUUUCGCCGCCGGUGCGGAUAUCAAGGAAAUGGCUCCCUUAACCUUCUCUGCUGCCUACAGCAACAACUUCAUUGCCCCUUGGUCCCAUCUCGCCAACAACAUCCGGAAACCCGUUAUUGCCGCGGUGUCUGGCUAUGCCCUUGGUGGUGGCUGCGAGCUCGCCCUCAUGUGUGACAUCAUCUACUGCACCGCGAACGCUACCUUCGGCCAACCAGAAAUCAAACUCGGCGUGAUUCCCGGUGCUGGCGGUUCGCAGCGCCUUACUCGCGCAGUCGGGAAGAGCAAGGCCAUGGAGCUGAUACUCACAGGAAAGAAUUUCAGCGGUAAAGAGGCGGGCGAAUGGGGUGUUGCGGCGAAGGUCGUUGAAGGGGGCAAGGAUGAGUUGCUCGAGGAGGCUGUCAAGACUGCUGAAACAAUUGCUGGGUAUAGCCGAGUUGCGGUCCUUGCUGGAAAGGAGGUGGUGAACAAGAGUCAAGAACUUUCGUUGAGGGAGGGUGUGGAAUACGAGAGGCGAUUGUUCCAUGCACUGUUCGGAAGUAAGGACCAGAAGAUUGGUAUGACAGCCUUUGCCGAGAAGAAGAAGCCUGAGUGGUCAAAUGAGUAA